AAGUUAACGACUUGUUUACUGGGCGUUUUUCUGCCGUUUCCAUAACGUUAACGCGCCGUUUUUUGUGUUGACCGUUUACUGGAGAUUAACUGGCCGUUAACGGGCCGUUUUUUUGGACCUGGGUAUUGUGAAUUUUUUCAACGCUGUAUGUUCUAAACAUAUAGAAAAUGAAGAAUGUAUCUAAUAAAAUACACGAAUAUGGUUACACAGUGCAAGAAGGAUGAGUAUAAGUAAAUCCUACGUUUCAACCAACGUGCUACGCACGAAAAGAAAUAAACAUACUCAUCCAAAUAAAGUAAUCUUUAAGGACUACAGAAAGAACGAUCUAUUUGUAUAAACAAAGCUCAAUCGAUUUAAAUUUUUUAGCUCAAAUUGUUAGAGGGCAUCCGAGCAACAUAACCAGCCCGAGCUCAAAAUUUUUCGUCGGCAGCGCUUCCAGGGCCAUCAAAGGUUAUAAAAAAUUUUCUAAAAGUCCCCAAAACAGCCUAAAGCGACAACUGUACAAAAACUGCAACUUGUUUUCUUUUUACCGCGUUCUGAUGUAGAGAGCAAGAGCUUAGAUGCGCAUCAUGAGCGAUAUACGUCAAGUGCUAACUAUAGUCAAAAGCACGGGUACGUUCGAUAUUUCGAAACACAUGCUAUUCAACUCAGAUUUCGACGCUGACUCCAAAUAUGAUAUUUUAAUUGUAUAAAACGCGAGUUCUUGUGCAGAAAAUAGAGAAUUACGGGCAGAAUUCUGAUUUUUUCGCUCCUCAGUCAGAAAAAAUGUGCUUUCUCAGGAACGAAACAAAUUUAAAAAAGAGCGAUUCGUACUUUCAAAGCUUGUUUAAUGACGGUUCUAAUGAGAUAAAAAUGUCGGCUUCAUUUCUUCACAAAAAAACUAGAUAGGUUGCCUUUUUGUUAAAAAAGCUUCCUCCUGAGUAUUUGAGUAAGAUAACAGUUUUAAUAAAUGCGCGGAAGCUGGAGAAUUUUUUGAGAAAGCAAAAAUCGUCAAAGGUAUAUUUCUUUCGAAGAGGGUGCAUAUUCAACAGAAGAUCGUCUUCGUUCUAUCUCUCUCUUACCAAAUUUAGGAAACGUUUUUGAACGAGUUAUGGUAGCGAGAAUUGAAAAAUGGUGUCGUGACAAAGGAAUCCAUUUAGAUGAGCAAUUGGGAUUUACAAGCGCAAAAAAGGUUUCAAACAUGUAUUUUAUCUAUAGUACAAGAUAAGAUCUUAGAUUAACAAUAGCUGCAUGUAACAGACCCGCUCUUGCUAUUUUUGUAGAUUUCGCAACGGCUUUUGAUAAGAUGUAGUAUCCGACGCUUAUGAAACACUCGAAAAAUUACGGAUGCCUUUAGGUCAGAGCCCUGCAGGUUGAUCCUAACCUAACCUUUAGGUUAGGAUUAGGUUGUCGAAUCCAUAGGGACAAUCAUUCAAAUACUGGUGAAAUAACACUUGGCAGUACUAAUAAAAAACGUUUUAACGGAGAUCUGGUCUAUGUGCCUCUAGAAUACAAUGGCAGGUGGAUAAUUCGAAUAAACGGCAUCAAAAUUGGUGAUAAAACAGUUGCUGGAAAUAUAACAGUUGGCAUGGAUACCGGUUGCAGUGCUAUAUAUGGAAAUGAAAAGGAUAUUCAACUAAUAAACGAUUUUAUCGGCGCAAUAGUGCCUGAAAUCAAAGCACAAGACGAUGGGACAAAUAAAAGAUUCUACCUAUUCGCUUGUUCAAUAGAUUUCGAUUCUCUUCCGCCAGUCUAUAUAGGUUUAGGAAAUAAAUGGUUUACAAUUUACAGUUCGGAUUAUGUGGUCAAAUCUGAUAAUAAUACGAAAUGUUUUAGUCGUUUUGUGUCACAUGGUGACGUCUACAGUGUUUUCUGGGUUUUUGGACAGGGUGUUUUCCAUCGUUUGUAUACAGUAUUUGGAACUACCCCUGUAUUACUUGUGGGUAAAUCUUAUAAAUUUCAAAUGAAACAUUUAGGUAUGCUUAUAGUUAUUGAGUUUUUACUAAAAGGAAAAGGUUUUACAGAAGAAGAGUGCUAA